AUGGUGGAGCAGGAUUCGCGCAGUAGUCUGCGACACAUCCUCGCCGACGAGCCCGUCGAACAGAGCCCAAGACCAGCACCACCGGCGACACCAGCAUCGGCACCAGCAGUGCGAGCCACAUCAGCAGCUGCGACAGGCGAUCACGAGUCAUCACCAGGCCUCAAAGGCGACAAGGACGACGAAAAUGAAGCCGAAACUCCGCUAUACACAUCGACGACGCAAACAACCAGGCGCAAUGCCAACGGCAGCGUAUCAUCAGUCUACUCAGGAAACAAGAUCCGUCAUUUGAAGAAGGAGGACGGUGUACCGCUGUGGCGCAAGGACAUUCAGUAUGAUUUCCUCGACAUUGUCUUCAAGGACGAACAGCGCGUCUUUACGCGAUACUCGGACAAUGAGAAGGGUCAUACGUUUGCCGAGAUCUACGUCGAUGCCAUGGCCAAGAGCAGCAAGUGCAGCAAGAUCCUCAAGGAGAAGCUCAAGGAAGACCUCGACUCGGCCAUCACCAUGGCCAUGGUCUGUCUCCUUGUCAACGUUGGACGCAUGAAUACAACUCUCAACUUCUUCCCAGAGAUGCGCGCCCAGCUACGAACCUACCACUCGAUCCCUGCUCUGCAGGCUCACCAAGACCCGAACGCAUACAAGCAGCUACAAGAUGCGCCUCGUCUCAAAUCCAUCCUCAAGGGCGCUACUGAAGACACACCUCAGCCAGGCACCAUCGAAGACAUCCGUCACGCCUCGAUACCACGAACGAACCCAGUCAAUCUGAUCUUUGUCUUGUCACAGUAUGCUCCUAAGAUAUCAGAAUUACACUUCAACCAUCCUCGCGACUUUUUCGAUCUCGUCAUGCGCUCCAGCUUGAGUAGUAAGAGCAGAGCUACCGCCUUCCUCUGGCUCAUGUGGUGGUACCUCGAGAGCGACUUCUCUGAUGAAUCCGCUCUCAGGAAUCCCUUCGGGGCUGGCUGUGAGCCUGAAGGUGGCGGUCGACCCAUCAAGGUGCCUCCACUCGAGAGCUUGACCGAGGAACAGGCUGCUUUGGAGAACGUUGACAGCCAAGAAGAGAAGGAGUAUGGAGAACAGAAGCGCAAGGAGAGAAUCGCAAUUGUCGCCAGCGAGCCGAGUCCUGCCAUGACGGCUCUUAAGCGAGCCAGAAAGGAACGCAGUCUGUUUGCGGCGGGUCUCGGUAACGAUGCGAACUCGGACGCUGGAACCAAGACCCCCAGCCGCGACUUUGACUCUCCAGCACCUCAGGAUUCAAUGCGCAGGACGUAUGCCGGUAGUGACUACACACGUUCCCCGUCGCCGCCCACAAGCUCUUUCCAAGCUGUCAAUACCAUCUCUAAACCUCCGACAUCAAGAUCGUUCCCGGCCGAGGUCGAUGAGAAGGAUCCUGAGCUACGCCACCUGGCUUCGCCCUCGGUUGGCACGCCACAAGCCGCAACAUUGCCAAAGAAAGGCGCCGGACGAGGUAACUGGACCACCAACAUACACCACCCUUUUCUGCUACCCCAUCCUGUUCACACCUCCCCUCCUGCCCCUGAUGCCAUGCCGGAUAGCGUCUAUCUGCACUCCCAACGGGACCACCUCCCGACAUCUCCGUACCUACUCCAGACACGGAACCGUCCGCUGACAUCACACCAAAAAGCAGUCAGCGAUUACCGCCGUGUGCGAAUCAACCAAAUCCUCGAUACUGGUAUUAGAAGGCGCCAUAUCGCAGCUAAACGCGAACGACAAGAAGAAGGCAUAUUGUUGCGCGCCUGGAAGAGGAUCCGCAUGCUGCCCUCAGGCUGGGACAGCGAGGAUGAAGGCCCCGCCGAGAAAGGUAAAGAUGACUCCAAAGACAAGGACAAGGAUGAUGGUGGUGCAUCCAAGGGAAGGUCAAAAGAGGAAGAAAAGGCUGCUGCAGCCCUCCGUCGUGCUGCGGGUGGUGUUCGCAUUCUUGGUGGUUUCGCCUUGCCACUGACGGACAAGGAACUUGAGCAAGAGAAGCAGCGUCCAUUGAACAGCAUUGCAAACGUUUCGAGGGAUGAUGUUGGCGAAGAAGCUCUGUACUUCUCUCGAGCAUUCUCGCUUGGAAUGGUCCAACUCGACCGCGAAGAGAAUGAUGAUGAGGACAGCCACCUGUUACUUCCUUCACCGCCUCUCAAACCCGUCGACGACAUGGAAGACGAGCGAGAGCUGCAAGCCAUGGAUGAGAUUGCUGCUACAAUAGUCAAACCCAGACAAGGCAGGAAGAGUCGCGGUGGAGGCGGAGGUGCGAGCAGAAAGUCAAAAGGCGGCGCAAGCAAGAUGGCAGGAGAGACCAAGGAUGGAACCCCAGUCGAUUCAAGACUCUCUGCUGCACGAGCAGACAACGAGGCUGAUGAUGAAGAUAUGCAUGACGAGGGCAAUGUCACUAUUGGUCCGAGUGCAGAGUUGGACGACGAUGAGAGAGAAUUGCUUGGCGAGGCAGAUACUGAAGAUGAAGAAGAGGAUGAAGACAACAUGGAUGAGGACUAG